CAGCAGGGAUAGGUUAGUGGGAGGGCGGAAGGUUUGAAUGGUCGAGACCCGCGGCUGUUGAUGGGCUUGUCCAGAGGCUCUAGCGCUGGCUUUCUGACCUGAGGGGCGGCGAAGCCCGACCCUGGCCUACGCAGUGGACAAGCGGAAUUUCAAGCUGGUGAACCGCGUCCUUUCAUUCUGCUCGAGUCUUCGCUCGUGUCCGACCGCUACCCACUUUCUCCCGAAGGCCGUUGUCAGACUACAAACGUGAGGUAAAUUUGGCCGCUGUCUCCGCCACAGAGUGCCCAGGACCUCAUUGUCCCCUCGAUUAGUUCAGAGGACGGAAUGGGCAUUGCCAUGACUUGGGAGAGCUGAGCCCCUUCCAGGUUUCGCCUUUUCCUUGGUGAGAGCUCCGAGACCAUGGCUGCAGAUCUCUUUUCGUCCACGAGAGAGGAGGGGAGCUUUGGCUCAGGCCCCAGUUUUAGGUCCAAUCAGAGGAAGAUGCUACACCUGCUCUUGGAGAGAGACAAUUCCUUUACCCUCUGUCCAGAGCUCCCGAGAACUCCAGGGGACAGACUGCUUGGUGAUUCUGCAAAUCUCAGCGUUUUGUCUGGAGAAACCCCAAAACGUUGCCUUGAUCUUUCGAAUCUUAGCAAUGGGGAGAUGUUUGCCACUCAGCUCACCACUUCUGCAGAACUUGAUGAAACCGGUUACAUGGAUUCUUCAGAACCUCAGGAAGUACAGUUAGCUGGGAUGAAUCACCACCAGUGCCCUUUGAAAAGCAGCCCAGCGCAGCUUCUUUGUAGCACUCCAAAUGCUUUGGGCCAUGGCCGCAGAAAGAAAGAUGCAGUGUGUACCUCAUCUACAAAUCAAGAAAAUGCACGCAACACUUUGAAGCCUUCCCAGUGGCAGGCACCCAGGAACCUGAGGUUUCAAAAGAGACCAAGGGGGCCUUAUGUGUCGCCCCUUUCUUUGCUGGACAAUGGAGACUUGGUGGAAAGUGAGAUGAAUUAUUUGGGCAGUCCCAUUACUCUAUUUCCAAAAUUGGAUAAAAAUCCAGAAGCAGUAGAAGAUAGGGCAGAAGAGAUUUCAGAUGAAUUGAUGGAAUUUUCCUUGGAGGAUCAAGAAGAGGGCAAGGCAUCCCUGAACAGAAGCUGCCUAUAUCGCUCACCCUCGAUGCCAGAGGGUCUGAAUGGGCCAAGACUAAAGCAGGGUGUGGGUCCAAAGAAGACACUUUCCCUCUGUGACAUUAAUAUUGCCCACAUGCUGGAGGAAGAGUCUAACCAGGGGCAUCUGAUUGGUGAUUUCUCCAAGGUAUGUGUGCUGCCAACCGUGUCAGGGAGACACCAAGAUCUGAAGUACAUCAACCCAGAAACAGUGGCUGAUUUACUAUUGGGAAAGUUCCAGGGUCUGAUUGAAAAGUUUUAUAUCAUCGAUUGCCGCUAUCCAUAUGAGUACCUGGGAGGACACAUCCAGGGUGCCUUAAACUUGUACAGUCAAGAAGAACUGCGUAACUUCUUUCUGAAGAAGCCCAUUGUCCCCUUGGAUGUCCAGAAAAGAAUAAUCCUCGUGUUCCACUGUGAAUUCUCCUCCGAGAGGGGCCCCCGAAUGUGCCGCUCUCUAAGAGAAGAGGACAGGGCGCUGAACCGGUAUCCGGCAUUACACUACCCAGAGCUGUAUAUCCUCAAAGGGGGUUACAGAGACUUCUUUCCAGAAUAUACGGAACUGUGUGAACCACAGAGCUACUGUCCUAUGCAUCACCUGGAGCACAAGGCUGAGCUGCUGAAGUGCCGAAGCCAGAGCAAAGCAGAGGAAGGGGAGCGGCAGCUGAGGGGGCAGAUUGCCCUGCUGGUGAAGGAUGUUUGUCCCUGAGAACAGGUCAGCCACUGGCUGCUAAGGAGUCACCAAGGAUACUGUAGAAACCCUGAGCAGAAAGAGGCCGUCAUCUGUGCAGCUAUAUAGAGGCUUUAUAGAGGAUGUCGUCUACAUAGCUUCAAGAUUCUUUGUUAAAAGAUGUUCACGAGCCAACGGGCUGCCAAACUGUUGUAAUUUUAGGCCUGGGAUUGUCUAGAUUUCAUCAGAGUGCUGGCUGGUGGCUGGCUGGCACCUGAGUCUUGGAGCUGACCCUGUGAAGAUGUGGCCUUGAGUUCAUAGAGAUGUGUGUUGCUUCCAGGAGCUCCUGCAAGCCUCUGUCCAACUACUCAUGGUUCCUCACAAACCAGCCAGUUCUCUCUCAUGCUGGGCUUCUGCAUAGGCAGAACAAUUUUCCACCUUCUUUCUCUCUGUUUUCUUGUUCCCCUUCUCUCUCUCUCUCUCUCUCUCUCUUUUUUUUCAAAUAGAAAAUAAACAUUGCAGAAUGAGAAGCAA